GGCCAAUAUUGAUCUUCGGCAGAAGGCAAGGCCAGGAAGAGAAGAAGAAGAAGAAGACUAGAGUGAAAGCCUGAGACUCCUGAGAGGUGGCAAAAUCUACAGCGAUUGUUGUGGGGAGAUUGAAGAAGAGUCAGAUUUCUUGUGUUGUAAUUUACAAGUAUAUCACGCGCAAUAGAAACAUGAGUUGUCAGAGGGGAAAUGCUAGUCGUUCGAGACCUCCAAAGCACCAGAAUCGCACGUCGUUUAAAAACGAUCUGCACGACAAGUCUAAAAGGACGAAGCAAAUUAACAGCACCGAGGUUGCGAAUGUGUGCGAGCGUUGCAAAAAAAUAAUAGAGUGGAGGAUCAAAUACAAGAAAUAUAAAGUGCUUAAAGCCCCGAUGAAGUGUAUCAGGUGCGAGCAGAAAACUGUGAAACACUCUUAUCAUAAUAUCUGCUUGCUUUGCGCCAAACAGCAGGGAGUCUGCUCGAAAUGCGGACAGAAGAAGGAAAUUGUAGAAGGGAAGCCCAGCCAGGCAGAACAAAUUAAACUGGAUGCCGAAUUUAGAGAAAUUCUGAAAACAAUGUCUGAACGAAAGCGAAGAACAUUCUUACGCUAUAUGGAUCAGCAAUCGACAAAGAGUAAAAAACCUAGCAAAUCUCGCACCUCCGAAUUCAGUUCUGACACAGAUAGGAUUGACAGCGAAGACAGAAGUGAAGAUGAAGCAGGUCUGAAGAAAAAGGAAGAUUUAUUAAUGAAGCUAAAAUCGUUAGCAAUUGAAGAAGAUGACGACGUUGAUAGUGAUACUAAUGAUGAAGGAGAAAGUGAUAAUUUUGAUAGCGAUGUUGAUGACUUAUCCUGUAUUGAAACAUGUUCUAAAUAGAAGGAGCUUUUAGCUGUAAAACA